AUGUCAACACCCCCAGCAUGUGUCCAUUGCAAAAGCCGUACACAGUACCCGCGUCAACACCCGCAGCAGCCGCCCGCGUCAACACCCGCAGCAGCCGCCCGCGUCAACACCCGCAGCAGCCGCCCGCGUCAACACCCGCAGCAGCCGCCCGCGUCAACACCCGCAGCAGCCGCCCGCGUCAACACCCGCAGCAGCCGCCCGCGUCAACACCCGCAGCAGCCGCCCGCGUCAACACCAUCAGCAGCAGCCGCCCGCGUCAACACCAUCAGCAGCCGCCCGCGUCAACACCCGCAGCAGCCGCCCGCGUCAACACCCGUAGCAGCAGCCGCCCGCGUCAACACCCGCAGCAGCCGCCCGCGUCAACACCCGCAGCAGCCGCCCGCGUCAACACCCGCAGCAGCCGCCCGCGUCAACACCAUCAGCAGCCGCCCGCGUCAACACCCGCAGCAGCCGCCCGCGUCAACACCCGCAGCAGCCGCCCGCGUCAACACCAGCAGCAGCCGCGCGCGUCAACACCAGCAGCAGCCGCGCGCGUCAACAACCGCAGCAGCCGCCGCGCGCGUCAACACCAGCAGCAGCCGCCCGCGUCAACACCCGCAGCAGCCGCCCGCGUCAACGCCAGCAGCAGCCGCCCGCGUCAACAACCGCAGCAGCCGCCCGCGUCAACACCCGCAGCAGCCGCCCGCGUCAACGCCCUCACCAGGUGUCCCCGCUAACGACCCCCAAAGGUAA